GAGGAGAGGGGGUGGGAGUUAUAACCUCUACUCUUCGAUUCUCAAAAUGGCGUGUGGCUGUUGCUGAGGAUAAGCUGGAGCUGCGCGUCGUUAUCGUGCCAAGUUCGCUCUCGAGUCUUUCAUCGUUUUUCAUCGAGACGGAUUGCAUUCCACUCGCGCGAAAUUUUCGCCGAUGUAGUUAUGCGCGUACGACAUAGGGUGUAAUUUUUUUUCUCUUUUGUAUUUCUUUGUUCCUUUAUUUCUUCAUGGAAAUCCCGAUGGAAAUCCUCCUCACGGCGUUUUCCGUGAUAUUCAGUCUACUAAUAGUGUUCCUCCUUGUUGUGAUGGGUUGGUACUUAGUCUGGACGUUCUUUUUAUCACGAUUCCGCUUUGUAAGAGAAUUGACUGGGAAAGGAAUGAGCGAGUCGUCGUCUGUAAAUGAUUUGAAAAACGGUCGUUCACGUAUCAAGAAACUUCGUCGCGAAUAAUUUAACAAUAUUAAAGCUAUCAUUAUAUGAACGAUUGGAAGACAAAACAUAUCCAAGAUGUCUGUAAAUAUACGUUGUGCGACUACAGAGGACUUAUUGAAUAUACAACAUUGUAACUUGCAAUGUUUACCUGAAAAUUACCAAAUGAAGUACUAUCUGUAUCAUGCUCUCUCUUGGCCACAACUCAGUUAUGUGGCAGAGGAUGAAAAAGGCAGAAUAGUAGGAUAUGUGCUUGCCAAGAUGGAAGAGGACUGCGAAGAUAAUCCUCAUGGGCAUAUUACCAGUUUGGCAGUGAAACGCUCUCACAGAAGAUUGGGGAUUGCACAGAAACUGAUGAAUCAAGCAUCUAGAGCGAUGGUAGAAUGCUUUGGAGCAAAGUAUGUUUCGUUGCACGUCCGCAGAAGUAAUCGUGCAGCUCUCAACUUGUACACAAGCAGCUUGCAAUUUGAAGUAUCUGAAGUAGAACCAAAAUACUAUGCAGACGGCGAAGAUGCUUAUGCAAUGAAACGAGAUCUCACUAGUUUUCACCAUGAAAAGGCUCUUAGGGAUAGAGCACAUAAAGAGGGCAAUGUUCAUACACACCUUGGCAGAUGUUGCGGGGAUCACUCUUAGUCUGUUCAUCGCUGCUACUAUCAAAACCAGGAUUGUACGACGAUUCAAUUAGGAAUCUAUUAAGGUUUUAAAAGUCAUUACCUGACAAAUAUAUUACUUGCGAAAGACGCUUACCUGAAUGAAACUAGCAACCUGACGAACGUCUUCCGUGAGCGCUCGAGCGCACGCGAUCAGCUGAUCGAGGGGAUCCGGCUGUACAGGCGGUAGCAACG